ACUUAAUCGUAGCGUUGUACUGGCAUAUAUCGGCGGUACAAGUCCUAGUACGAGCACCUCUUCCUGCCGGUGCCGCUGCUAGUAUCCCAUCCACCAAUCUCAUUCUGAGCUCAGGUCUCCUCCCAGAAACAUAUGGUCCUGUUCCCUCCUUUGCACAAAGAUUAACGAUCGAUCGAGCUGCCCGGGCCGGCCGCCGUGCGUGCGCGGGGAAGAGGAGCCGGGCGGGUAUAAAGAUGGCGCACGAUCAUCAUCCGAGCCUGGCAGGGUACGCGGACUACUUCGCGGCGGCGGGGAGCGGCGGCGCGACGCUGGUGCCGGAGGUGGACGCCGCCGGAGAGCAUGACAUGUACGGCGGCGUCGGCUUGCACCACCACCACCAGUCCCUCCCGUCCGGGGUGGAGAUGUUCGGGCUGAGGGGAUUCAUGGCGCCGGCCGCCGCGGUAUCGGUGGCGCAGAGCAAGCAGGUGGCCGUCGACGAAGACGACGGCUCGUCCGCUGCUAUCAGUUUCUUCCGCAGCGAGCAGCAGCAGCGGCAGAUGAUGAGCCAGCUGCAGCAGGCGCCUUUGUCGCUGUCGCUCCACGGGCCGCCGCCGGACGCCGCGUCGGCGUCGUCGUUCAUGCUGCAGCACCAGUUUGGCGGGGAGAUGGCGUGGCAGCUGCAGGGCGCCGGCGCCGGCUGGCACCUGCGCGGGUCCAGAUUCCUGCUCCCGACACAGCAGCUCCUGCAGGAAUUCUGCAGCAUCCCGGCGGAGACCACCGCCUCCAAGGCGCCGAAGCGGCCGGAGCAAGAAGAAAACCCCAACGGCGGCGGGUCGUCCGCGUCCUGGCCGGCCCCGUCGGCGCAGAUCCAGGCCACGGACGCCGCCGAGCUGCAGAGGCUCAAGGCCAAGCUCUACAGCAUGCUCGAAGAGGUGGACAGGAGGUACAGGAGGUACCGCGAGCAGAUGCGGGCGGUGGCGGGGUCGUUCGAGGCGGCGGCGGGGCGGGCGGCUGCGGCGGCGUACACGAGGACGGCGGCGCGGACGAUCUCGAAGCACUUCCGGACGCUCAGAGACGGGGUGGCGGCGCAGGCCAGGGCGGUGCGCGUGGCGCUUGGGGAGAAGGUCGACGCGGCGGCGCCGCCGGGGAUGACCAAGGGGGAGACGCCCAGGCUGCGGGCGCUGGACCAGUGCCUGAGGCAGCACAAGGCGUACCAGUCCGGCGUGCUCGAGAGCCAACCGUGGCGGCCCCAGCGCGGCCUCCCGGAGCGCGCCGUCUCCGUCCUCCGGGCAUGGCUGUUCGAACACUUCCUGCACCCGUACCCGAGCGACGUGGAUAAGCACAUCCUGGCGCGGCAGACCGGCCUCUCACGGAGCCAAGUUUCGAAUUGGUUCAUCAACGCGAGGGUGAGGCUGUGGAAGCCGAUGGUGGAGGAGAUGUACGCGGAAGAGAUGAAGGACAAGGAGGACGGCAGCGGAGGCGCUGGUGAACAGUACUCCGCGCAGCUACAGGCCAGCAGCGGCGACCAGCUGCUGGGGAACCAUAACACUGCAGCUGCAGGGAGCUACGGCGGCGGUGGCGGCGAGCAGAAGCCGACGCGGGCGCAGCUGCACGACGCGGGCUCGCUGGCCUCCGUCGUGAGCAUCGGCCGGGUGCAUCAGCAGCAGCAGAGCCAGAGCCUCGACUUCGGCAUGUCCACGAUGGACGACGACGGCUUCGACGCGUACGACGCGGGCGGCGGCGUGCACGGGUUCGGCGGCCAUGGCGGGGCCGUGUCGCUCACGCUGGGGCUUCAGCACCAGCACGCCGACCCGUCGCAUCGCCAACACCACCACGGCGGCGUGAACGUCGCCGCGUUCGCGUCCGCGUCCCCGUCGACGUCGUCUGCCGCGGCACAAGGGGGCGGCGCCGCCGAGUUCCUGUUCAUGUCCGGCGAGCAGCACUUGGGAGGCCAGUUCGGGGCGCCCGGCGGCAUGGGAGGCGGCGCCGACCCUGCCGCGUCGCACUACCACCACCGGGGAGGAGUACUGGGCGCCACCGCCGGGUUCCACCUCCUCCGCGACCUCGCCGGCUGAUCGGCCGGACGAUUUCGACGUGGCACUUAACGAUGAUGGGGGAUUGAAUUGGGGGAUAUGUGUAAACGACGGCUAGCCAGGGUGGCAUGCAUGGCAGCUCGCGUGCUGGACUGCUCACCGGUGUACGCGCGCGGCUUUGGAUUUUUGCAGCGCUUAGAUACCUCUAAUUUAAUUUCUUGGCAGCGCGUCUCCGUC